AUGCGUCUUCCUUACGUGCCCAACCCUCCCCAAUUCCAAGGCGAAGCCGACCAAGCAAUCGUCAGGCGCGUUCAGGAAAGGCGAGGCGAACGAGGCCUUCUGGAACUGGAUCGAGCGUUGCUCCACUCGCCUCCGGUUGCAGAUGGCUGGAACUCCUUCCUCGGCGCCAUUCGCACACGCACGUCCAUAUCGGCCUCUAUCCGCGAAACCGCCAUUUGCCGCGUCGCUGUCCUCAACCGCGCGUGGUACGAAUGGAUGGACCACGCUCCGCUCCUACGCGCCACCGGCGAUCUCGACGAGCGAGACAUGGAGUACAUUGCGCGCCGGCGCCCCAAGUCGCAGGCGCAACAACGACCGGGCGGUACCGCCACUGACGAUGACAUCGAGCCGUCUGAGAGGCUGACGGAGCGGCAUUUGGCGGUGCUCGACUACACUGAUGCGAUGACCAUGGAUGUGAGCGUGCCGGAUGAGUUGUUUGCGAGACUGAGGACGCUGUUCAGCGAGAGAGAGGUCGUUGAGAUUACGGCCACGGUGGGCGCGUACAAUUGCGUGAGUAGAUUUUUGGUGGCGUUGAACGUGGGAGAGAAGAACGCGGACACGGGGCCGGAUCAGUAA